UGGUUGUUAAACUUGCUGUUGUAGAAGAGUUAAUUUCUGGUAGGCAGAUGAUUAUAGUGUUGUUCCUACUAUGCAUAAGGUCGUGGUAAUAAUAUUGUGAGAUUUUGUGUCUGCAUAAAUCCAGUAAUGGUUUUGAUAAUCAGAAAGUAAUCUCUCAACCUCUUUGUGAUUAUAGUUGCUUUGAUGCUGUCAUAGGGACUUUUAUCAUACUUACAAAUUGAUUUUGAUAUAUCCAUUUGUAGGUUUAAAAUUUUUGUCAAACCCAAAAGUUACCUUGCUGGGUAUAUUUAAAAAGUAGUUUAAGUAAUCAAUAUUACUAUGGUAGUUUUCAAGUAUAUGUUAAUUGGAAUUAAUCAUUUUGGUUUUAUUUUUAAAACUACAUAUCUGUGGUAAGGAGGGAUACCUAUUGAAGUUUUGAAUUUCCAGUAAAUCUGAUCAUCAGGUGUUUAAAGAUUUGAAUUUUUAAAGUGGUUCCACAAAACCUGCAAAGUGGUUCAACAAAACCUGCAAAGUGGUUCCACAAAAAUCUGCAAAGUGGACGUUAUGUUGCUUGCAGCAGUAGAUUGUUUAGGGUUUAGGGUUUAGUUGAAAAAGAUGUACAAAAAAAAACUAGGUAAUGAGGCACUGAAUUGGGUUUGAGAGUUUUGACAUUAUGAGAGAGGUAGGGAGUAUAUAGGGAGAGAGGGAGGUAGGUGAUUUGCAGAAAUGGAGGGUGAGAGAAAAACGGGAGAAAAGGGGUAGUACAUUAUAUUUUGAUUUUAUAAUUUUGGGGGUUUUGUGUUUAAACUUUUUUAGUACUUUUUUGUAGAUAUAGCCUACAAAUGUUGGACAUAAUCAUUACUUCCUCUUACAAUUAUUAAAGUUAAUUAUAUUAACUAAAGUUGAUUUGAAUGUGAUGAUGAUGGCAACCACUAACAACAAAACAACAAUCUCCUUAUAUUAAGGAGAAAGAACCGAAAGGUGAGGAAGAAAAGAAAGGAAAGGAGGAAAGAGAGCUCUGCACAUGCAAAUGUCAGUGUACAUGUGCUUCUUGGGGAUGUUGGAGCUGGGAAAUCAAGUUUGGUGUUGCGCUUUGUAAAAGAACAAUUCGUUGAAUUUCAGUAAAGCGCGGGCAUUCAUGCUAGUGAUAUCGAUUCUGGAAGCAUGCCGAAACAAGGCUGUUUGGCCACAAUUCACAAGAAUUGCUCCGCCUUUGCCCGAGCAAUUCAAAUUCAAACAACUCCAAUUAGGCUUCCACAACAUCAACAACCUUUGCGUUGAUCUGUACUUCCACUACGCCAAGGGACAAGACGCCAUGUCGCCCGUGGAAUUCCAGGAAACUCUGAUGAACCAAGUGCUUCAUUCGGCUUGGUCGCACAAUACUCUAACCAGCCUUAAACUCAUCUGCAACUUCAUAGACAGACGCGGCGACGGUGGAAAACGCAACCAAGACGAAGCUUUCUUCACGGUAACGAUUUGGCUCCACCAGAACCACCCAAAAACCCUUGCCUACAAUCUCGUGCCAAUUUCCGGCUCCUUCGGACGUAUCCUAGACCUUCCCUGCAUUCUCUCGCAGGUUCUAUGGGGCGAAGCUCACUUGAAAUUUAUUGGGAGGACAAGGGAGGAGGCAGAUUCAAACAGAAUGGUGAAGGUCAAGGAAAAGGACGCCAAGUCAAGGGCAAGCGAAUUGUUGUUGAGGAGGAAGGCGAUCCACACAGCCAACAAGGCGGCUCAGAGAUACGAGCGCGACACUAAUUACCGCUUCUUGCACAACUGUGUUUCGGAUAUUUUUGCCCAGUGCCUCAAGUCUGAUAUUGAAAAAUUUCAUCAUCACAAGGACCAUAACCAUGACCAUCAUGAUGAUUACUGCUUGGAGAUUACCCAAACGGCUACUUCUUUGCCUACCAUCGCUGAUCAUCAUAUGUUGUUCGAAAACAUUGCAAGGAAGGUUUUCUCGCCAGAAUCAUGCCUUUGAGAAGGGGAUGGUAGUGUUUGUUGUAUUGACCGACUAAGGCAGGAGGUUUUGUCGCCCUUGAGAAAAACUAUGGCGCCAGAGGGCUGGGAACCUGCCAACCGGUGGGGUUAUAGAGUGGAGUACAAGCAAGAGCAACUGGUUGCAGCCAAUGAGAUUGAUCCUGGCUAUGCUGCGCUGCUUUCGCAUGACAUAUUAAGUUAUAUCAAGCAUCCUGAGCUCGAGCAAGAGGCUGAUGUUAAGUGGAAGAAAAUGGUGGAGGUCUACUCAAAGCAGGUGAAGUUGAAGAAUUGGUUAGCUGUGUGAUGUUGACAACACCUUGUCGGCGGGUUUGGCUUUGGGGCUUUUGUUGCCUCAAUUGAGUGACGAGCCAAGGAAGGGAAAAGUGGUCACCUAAUGCAAAAACCCUCAGCUGCAUUCGAUACAAGGCGAUGAUCUUAAUUCGAGGGCCGAAUAUAUGCAGACUUUGAUCAAAAGCCAGGAUUGGACGACUGAUUUCGGGAAGGUGUUCGAUGUGAUUCUAGAAGAGGCAAUGAAUGCGAAUUUGAAGCCAGAUAAGAUGGUCAAGAAGGUGCUUGCCUUGCCAAAUAAGAUCGUCAUUUUGUAUGAAUAAGUAGAAUAUACAUCCAUCUGCUAAGAUACAUUCAAAUCUGGCAUGCCAGUCCCCUGCCCACUACCAAAAGCCAAAGCUAAAGUACAAUUACAAUUAA